AUGAAGCUACUGGCCUGUGUUGCCGUUUUUGUGUGUAUUGUUGGCAGUGUCCACUGCUGGGAAAACUGGUGGGAUCGACCAUUUCAAUUCAGUUGUCCAUCUGGUGAAAGUUUGAGACGAAUCAACAGUCAACAUAGCAACCGUUACGAAGACAGACUGUGGAAAUUUGACUGCAUACACACUGGAGCUAAAGCGGCCUGUGUGUGGUCAGGCUAUGUUAACGGUUUUGACGACCCGCUACUGUUCCAAUGCGCAAACAAUGGAGUCAUCACCGGAAUCGGCAGUUACCAUAGCAACCCCACGGAGGAUAGACGUUUCAAGUUCCGCUGCUGUUCUAUCCCAGGGAAAACUUUGAAGAACUGUAGAUUUUCUACCAGCUACCAUAACACUUUUGAUAACGAUCUCAACUAUUAUAUUCCUAGCAACAAGGUUCUGAAGGGCGCUUUCAGUUACCAUAGUAACCGUCAUGAAGACAGGCGUUGGAAGUUUGAAGUAUGUGACAAACCCUAAACAGUCUGAGAAAUAUUAAACGUGGAUGAUGGUAGCAAACGCUCCAUGAAACAAACCAUAAUGACGAUUGACAAUGUGUCAGAGAAUCUGAAUAAAGCAAUUACCACGUGUU